CCGCCAGCUGUAUGUGCCUAGUAAGCGACGAGGAAGUACUGAGCCUCACUACGACCGAGGACCAUGGAGUUGAAGACAACUCACCUAAACGGUGGUUACUGGUUACAGGUGCCCGCUGCUUCACCAUUUUACCAGCGAAACAAUAUGACAAGGGCGCGCCGAGACCUGGCGGGAAUUACCGGAAUGUUUGAGGGACAUUGUUUAGUCAUGUGCCUAAACCACGGUAUUGUCUAUUAGCGGAGACCGGAGUGGUUUCGAGAGGAGGAGGGGUAAGGGCAGACAGGUAGGAGUCUAUUGCUUCAGUAGUUGUUUCGUUUUUACUUCUUGUUACCUGGUAAAUAACCAACCACCAUGGAUAGCCACAGGGAGAGUAAGAUGAGGAAACAGUCCAUGAAAACCAAAUCUACAAAACGCAAAGAGAAGAAAUACAAAGCCGGGAAGCUUUUCAGAAGGAAAUCGUUGAAGUCCGUUGGGAAUUUUAUGAGCAGGAUACUGAAAACUUUGGGAACUUUGGCACACUUUGGCGACGUCGAGCCACCUGACGGUGAGGAUGAUGAUGGCGGGUUCAGAGACAGCGCCGCGUGCACGUUGAGUGCCAACUCAGGGAAUUUUAAUAAAGAUGAACUUCAGGUCUCGAGGGAGAUUAAGGUGAAGAAGAGCGCCUCAACUUUGUCUUCUCAUGGAUCUAUAAAAGACAGGCUGUCGUGGUGCUAUGGCGACAAAACUCCUGGAGUCCUUGGGUUGAAGAAUCAUGGAAACACUUGUUUCAUGAAUGCGGUGGUUCAGUGCCUCAGUAAUACGGACCUGCUGGCCGAGUACCUUGGUUUGGAACAAUACAAGUCUGAUGUGUGUCAGGGAAGAGUAAACGGAAUUGUAAAAAACGAGGACGCGCAACUUGCCAGGGGUGAGGUGACCACACAAUUGGCAUCCUUGGUGCGGGCGCUUUGGACCCUUGAAUAUACCCCUCAACUGUCCGUGGAAUUCAAGAGUAUUGUGUCCAAGUACGGCUCUCAGUUCAGGGGGAACUCUCAGCACGAUGCCCUGGAGUUCCUGCUCUGGCUCUUGGACCGGGUCCAUGAGGAUGCCAACCCCACCACCAACAACAACCACAGCAGCAGCAAGACCAAAGCCAACGGAAAGGGCCCGCUGGGUGGAGGGGAGGAGAGCCCUGUCUCCGGCCCAGCAGCAGCAUACCAGCCUGGGACGCGGCACAGCUUCGUCCAGGACCACUUUCAGGCACAGUACAGGUCCUCCCUGACAUGUCCACAUUGCCUUAAACAGAGCAACACCUUUGACCCAUUCCUCUGCAUCUCACUGCCCAUUCCCCUACGGCAAACCAGGUGUAUGAGUGUGACCCUGGUGUUCAGUACUAAGGGUCAGAGGUAUCUACGUGUCGGUCUGGCUGUGCCUCUCAUCGGCUCCAUCUCCUGCCUACGUGCCAUGGUUGCUGAGGAGGGCAAGACCACGCCAGACCAGGUGGUCCUGUCAGAGCUCUAUGCCACCGGCUUCCAGCGUUCGUUCUCUGACGACGACGAUCUGACCAGCAUUGCCGAGAGCGAUGUGGUCUAUGCCUUCCAGGCUCCGCCCCUCCACACACGGGGAGGCUCCACGCGAAUCUCGGGCUUCCACCACAGCCUCCCAUCCUCGCCGUACACCUCUGGGCCAGAGGGUAAAAGGUUACCCCCAUCGACCACUCUGUCCUCAGAGUUUCUGAACCACGGUGGUUCCACCAAGGUCCUCCUCGUAAUCUGCAACACGGCAGGCUCUGGCCAGCAGGCCGUCAGGUUCGGCCCUCCCUUCCUCAUGAGAGAGGAGCGUACCCUGUCCUGGGAUCAGCUCCAGCAGAGUAUCCUCAGCAAGCUCUAUUACCUGAUGCUGAAUGGAUCACAGGCUCAGAAUGCAGGGUCGCUGUUCAAGAUCAGAGUGGUGGGAGGGUCAGCCUCCUACAGCUACCUGUCCCCACAAGAUGGACGCCCUCUCUUCCACCCUGCCGUGGACAGAGCCCUGAAGUUAUGUGGCCCUGGAGGACCUCCCCACGUGAAGCUGGUGAUUGAGUGGGAACACAAGAUCAAAGAAUGUCUGUUUGGUAACAUCCAGGAAGAGGUGGUGAAGGACUCAGAGAGUGUGAGAGUCCAGCAGCAGCAGCACCUGCAGCAGCACAGCUGUACCCUGGACGAGUGCUUUCAGCUCUACACCAAAGAGGAACAGCUGGCCCCAGACGACGCAUGGAAGUGUCCCCACUGUAAGCAGUUCCAGCAGGGCAUGGUGAAGAUGUCCCUGUGGACCCUCCCCGACAUCCUCAUCCUCCACCUCAAACGCUUCCGACAGGUGGGCGAGCGGCGCAACAAGCUGUCCACCCAGGUGCGCUUCCCCCUGGCCGGGUUGGACAUGGCCCCCCACGUGGUGAAGAGGUCCCAGAGCAUGAGGAACCUGGGGGACCUGGGACCCUGGCCCCCCACAUGGAAACAGCCUGAAGGCAGCAGUCAUCAUAUUAGUCACCCAGACAUGGCCCUGCCUCCUGACUUCCUCUAUGACCUCUAUGCAGUGUGUAACCACCAUGGUGGGAUGCACGGCGGACAUUACACAGCGUACUGCAGGAACUCAGUGGACGGCCAGUGGUACAGCUAUGACGACAGCAGUGUGGACCUGGUGCCUGAGGAGGAGGUGUGUACCAGGGGGGCCUACAUACUGUUCUACCAGAGACGUAAUGUCAUCCCCCCCUGGUCCGCCAGCAGCUCAAUCAAAGGCUCCACCAGUUCCUCCAUGUCGGACCACUGGCUGGUCCGUCUGAAUGGGGACAGUAAGAGAGGUAGUCUGGUGUCCCGCUCCUCCACCACCUGCCCCUCCUCUGUCCCCGACUCCCCAGAGUCCCCCGUCUUCCUUGAUGACCCGCCCAGAGAGGAGGAAGGUGAGGGGCCUGGGAAACAUGAGAUGCAUGGUAAACCAAAGAAAGGUGGUUUUGAGACCAGGCCGUUUGUACGGGGAAUCCAGGGUCGUAGCGUCAGCAUGAGGACCCCCACUAAGAACAAAGAGACACUGAACAAGGUCCUCCCGCUACGCUGGUCGUUCGGCUCCAAGGACCGCCAAAAAACUGCAGCCGAGGCCGCCCCUGCUCCCAUCCCCACCCCUGCCCCUGUGGAACUGGUGGAGUACCUAGAGUCUGGAAGAAGACCUCGCUGCACCAAGGAGUCUAUAGUCAAUUUAAUGACGGGCUCUGAGAGGCAGAAGGGUCCUGCCAUCAGCUCCCCCAGUGUGGGAAGCAGCCUGAACUGCAUGGGACAACCAGACUCUCCACAGAUGCCAGAGGGCCAGAGAAAACCAGUCACAGACAAGACAGGGAGUCUGAGACGAAGUAGCAAAGGGUCCCAGCAGCAGCAGAGAGACCAGAGGGACGAGGGUAGGAUGGGCGGUAGUAGUAGUACUAACACUCUGACCAGGAGGAGUACCAAGAAGAGUAAGGAGAAGGACCAGGGAAAGCCCCAAGAGGCCCCGUCUAGGAGGGGGUCUAGUGCAGGCGUCCAGUCCAGCUCCAGCACCCACAGCCUCAGGGACAGAGACUGGGAAGGCACCCUGAGGAGAGGGGCCAAGGGCCUCCAGGGCCCACCACCAGGGGACCAUCUGGUACCACCCGAGGGAGAAAAGACCAGGAAAGGUGAGAAGGUAGAGGAGGCCUCCAAGAGCCACGAGGGGCUGCUGUCUUUCUUCAAGAGCAACUUCAAGAAGAAGGACAAGGAGUCGUCAUCUUCUCGCAAGUGCGACUCUGGAAAAGUUGGCGACGUCAGCGGGUCUAGCACCUCUCGGCUGUCCCUGUCCAGUGGAGCCCCAGGAGGGGCCACGAAGACGGGGGAGGGGAAAUCCAAUGGAGCCCCCCGCAACGGGGGUGCCAAUCGUCUCGGAGACGAGCUACUCAACGGUAAAGCCAGACGCACCGCUGCUGCCGAUAUCAAACGCUCUCAGAGCUCAUCCAACAUCCCCAGCAAGGAGGAGUCUAGCAUGCGAAGGACCGCCUCUUUACACCGUAAAGGGCUGUCCCAUGGCGUGGCUCCGCCCCCUCGCAGCCUCACAGCCGAGAAGCCCUCCUACGGUACCCUGCAGAAGACUCGCUAUAGUACCAACUCACUGGGACGCAAGAGGGCGGUCCCCGAGUCCAGCUUUUAGCUGACACACACACACUCCCUGACACACACACACCAGGGUUGUUUUCACUAGGCACCAAACAGAAGAAAAUGGACUGAAACAGGGAGGGACUAGCUUCAUUUGUCCAGUAAGAAAUGUUUGUUUUUGUUUUCCAUUGCAAAACGUUUACUACAUUUUGCUACGGUGACUUUGUGCACUAAUCAAUCUGACCCUGAUCAAAGCAAUGGAGCUCAGCUGAAAGGAUACUCCUGUAGGUACACACAGAAGCACAAGCAUGUGUAUACAAUACAAGGUGGCUCCCUCCGGUGUUGUGGAGGGGUAUAGCGUCAGUGAAAGAGCCAGUCACAGGGCCAAGGAGAACAUUUAGGAAAGGUGACACAUGAAGUACGCCUGCUAACAUAAACAAAAUGUCAUAUCAGAAUGAAUAUUUUCUUAUUCCAGUUUUGUUUUUAUUUAUUUUUUAUUUGUAAAAAAGAUUGUGACUUAACAAGUGCCUCAGUAACUGAUAUGCAGAUUUAAACCAAUGUGUUUGUGGACACCUGGUCAUCACCGGAAGCACAUGUUGUAUUCACAUUCACAUACAUGCACACACACACACAGGCAUGCACACGCACACAUGAUCUACACUCGUGUCUUAAAAUCAUAGUAAAUGAAUGGCAUUCAUCACUUUAUCUUCCUCGAUCGGUUUGUCCAAUGGUGGCACCUAAAGGAAUGUUAUGACAGUGUCCUGACAAUAAGUUUUGUUAUUAUGUCUACACGCUCUAGAUGAUUUGGACAAAAACAUUGAACAUUGGAAGUAUACAUCGGAGCUUUAAUAGGUGAUUUCCUCCUAGAUUGAAGUAUGAAUGAUUUAACUGGUUGUACGUGCUGCUUGCACUGCAAACUGGCUGCUAUAUAGAUUCACACAUUGCAAAUGAAGGUUAUGAUAUUGCACUUUCUACAAUGCCAAUGGUACCGAACUCUCCCUUUCAUGCAGUAAGAAAGAUUCCCUCCUAACAAUAUAACUUGGCCUACGCAACACGUCCCCCUUUAUUCUUCAGCUCAUAAAAAUAUGCAGUUUGACCACACGAUCGAUUAUUAUAAAUUCAAGUACAUUUAAAUGGAAAUUUGACAUUUUUAGUACUAAAGUCUGGUUUUAUGAUUCUAAUGAAAUUACUGUGUUUUAAAUGAAUAAAAAAUGACCUCAGAUUUAUCUAUUCUUGCUACCGGUAGGUAAUUGAACUUACUGAUGCUGAUACAUUGACAGUCUGGUAUGUAGGUCUAUGUUGUACUGUAUUAGAGAGGCAAGCGGUGUCGAUUGAUUGCAUUACUAUGCAGUUCUCUAUGAAGGAUCAUGCACUGUAACAGUAAGGUCACUGUAACAGUAAGGUCACUGUAACAGUAAGGUCACUGUAACAGUAAGGUCACUGUAACAGUAAGGUAAUUUAUUUGAAUCAUCAGACUGUCCACUACAGUAUACAGUAGAAGCACUGGUCAGAUCACCCCUGAAUGUCACAUACAUGUUAUUUAUCAACCGUGAUGAGCUCUUUGGCCCCCCCUUAUCCAUUCUCAUCCUCUCUCCCUUCACUCCUCCACAUCGAUCCGUCUUAUCUUUAUUUAUUUUUGUCUCUGUCAUCCAUCGUGUCUCUCAUCAAGUCUCUUUGGCCACUGUCUAAAGGUCCCCUCUGCUCCAAUCUGCAGAGCUCUCGCCUGGCGUUAACGACGGCGUAGGCGUUUGAUUGAAACACCCUCGCUCUCACUGUGGGUUGAAAUGAACCGUGUAAUUGGGUCGAGUCUCUACGGUAUAAUUUCCCUUCUUAAGAGUCAUUAAGGUACACUGUGGGAAGAGGCUGUAGAUACUGGCAGUCAUGUAAUGUCUGAGUCUGAGAAGCUUUUCCAUUUUUUAAGCUGUUAGUCAUCCAUUUUUCUUCCUGAAAGCUACAGUAUAUGUACAGCUACAGUAUAUGUACAGCUACAGUAUAUGUACAGCUACAGUAUAUGUACAGCUACAGUAUAUGUAC